UCUCCUGAAGUAGCUACUAUUCGAUAAUGAGUUGCAAUAGAUUCAUCAGAGCAAUCAAUGAACAAAAAUAAUUAAUAAAGCUUUUUGAAGUAUUUCAAAGCCAAAGCAAAUAGAAAUGCUGUUGAAAUAGAUAAGAGAAUCUAGUUAACAAUGUAUUGAUACUGCCAAGAAGAUUCUUACUUUGCUUAUUCUGAUUGGCUGAAUUUAGGAUAGGGGGUGUUGCCCUUCAACAAAUGAGUUUGAGACUGGAAAUGGCAUUGAAAUGUACGAUUGACCAAAUAAUUAGGUUUUGAUUUUGAUCACAUAUUCCCUUAUAAAUAGGCUUAUAAAUCAAUGAUAUCAUUACAUUACAUGACGAAAUUACAACAUUGAUGCAAAAAAUGAUAAUUGUAAAUUUUUAAUUACAUUUAUUUUUUAUUUGGCAAAUUUUGAAUUGUCAAAGGAUGAGACAGUAUUCCAUAAAUGGAGUAAAGUAAAAUGGCAUAGAGAUUUCAAGAAAAUUUGAGCAUUAAAAUAUAGUAGUUUUAUUAUAUUUUCUUUUGAAAAGCAAUAGUUAUUUGUAAAAAUGGGAAUUAGCAAAGUCUGUUUAAUUAAAUAAAGAU